AUGGAGGUUGCUCUUGAAAUAGAGACGCCGCGUAGCGCGGAAAACCAAGGGCGCCGACCUGCUGCGGAAAACACCAGUUGCGCGUCGCUCACCUCGGAUACCUCGCUUGGUACAGGGAACGCUGCGAAGCGCGCCGGACGUUGCGGCUCUGGCGGCAUGGAGAGCGAGCCGAGCUCUGACAAGGAUCAGGACGCAGCGGAGCAGGCACAAGUGACAGCUACGGUGCCUGCGCGCUUGAGUUCGGAGCAAGUUCUGCAACCGGGGACUUUUGCACUAGAGACGACCAAGGUUCGUUUCCUCUGCGUGAAUGGCGAUGCGUUUUCGGUAUCUUUCCCUGUUUAUGCGACAAUAGGUCAAGUGAAAGAGGCGCUCCUAGCUUUACAGCCAAAAGAGCUCCUCGAACAGCUCCGAGUGCUCCACCAGCCACCGUGCUCAACCGCGUCGGACUUGCGUAUUCUGUAUCUCGGCAACGUGCUCGAGGAUACCGACACGCUUCUCGAGUGCGGCUUUCAGGUGGGCUUAUGUCAGACGGUACACGUUGUCACUCGACCGGCCACGGAGUCGGGCUCUCGGUCCCAGCCUCCAUCGUCGCCGCAGCACCCGCUAGGCUCGAAUUUUGUCUCGUAUUUAUGGAGUUCGCACAACACGUCGCGAAACCGGGUGCCUGGCUCGGAAGCAGCAGGCGCGGAAGCGGAACGGCGUCAUCGACGCAGUCACAGACAGGUAGCGUCUCGGCAGGCGGGGCGCGCUUCGACCUCGGGGACUCGUUCGACUCGAUCGCAACGAAGUGCACACGUUGCAGAGACAAAUGCGCCAAACACAGCAGCGGUGAAUGGGCGUGUUGGUUGCUCAACCUGUACGAUAACGUAA